CCUCUCUAUCCCUACAUCGACAACCGCAACUGCACCGCACCAUGUCUGUCUCUUUCUCUACCUCCUUGGCCUUCACCAUCCUCAACUCCCUCUUCGAGGCCCGCUCCUAUGUUGCUGGAUACGAGGUCAGCGACAAGGACACUGAGGUCUUCAACGCCUUGACCGAAGGCCCCAACGAGGCUGCUUUCCCCCACGCUGCCCGCUGGUACAAGCACAUCGCUGAGGUCAAGGGCCUCUCUGCCAAGGCUGGUGGCUCUGCCCCCGCUGCCGCUGCCGCUGCUGAGGAGGAUGACGAUGAGGUCGACCUUUUCGGCUCCGACGACGAUGAGGUCGAUGAGGAGGCUGAGAAGAUCAAGCAGCAGCGUCUUGCCGAGUACGCCGCCAAGAAGGCCCUCAAGCCCAAGACCAUUGCCAAGUCCAUGUGCACCCUCGACGUCAAGCCUUGGGAUGAUGAGACCGACAUGGCUGCCCUCGAGGCUCACGUCCGUGGUAUUGAGAUGGAGGGUCUCUUGUGGGGUCAGUCCAAGCUCGUCCCUAUCGGUUACGGUAUCAAGAAGUUGCAGAUCAACUGUGUCAUCGAGGAUGAACUCGUCUCUCUCGAAACUCUUGAGGAGAAGAUCUUGGAGGGCGAGGAUUACAUCCAGUCCAUGGAUAUGGCUGCCAUGCAGAAGAUCUAAGUGCAUUGCCAAUCCUGUAUCAUAAGUCUUCUUUUAUCUCUUCUUUCUCGCGCUAUCCUUUUUUUUUGUUAAAUUGUCCGUGGCCGAAAUAAAAAAGACACCCCUUCAUUUGACCUUCA